AUGGAGAAGUCUCUGUUCAAUCACUCAAGAGUCACUCAAUUUAUUUUUCUGGGUAUUACAAGUAAGCCUGAACUCAAACUCCCUUUAUUCAUUUUGUUUUUUAUUGUGUAUAUCAUUACUGUGGUAGCGAAUUUGGGGAUUAUUUUUAUAAUCAGAUUUGAUGCCCAGCUUCACACUGCUAUGUAUUUCUUUCUCAGUAAUCUGGCUUUUGCUGAUGCUGGUUACUCAUCAGCCAUUACUCCUAAAAUGUUGGUGGAUUUUUUAAUGGAGAAGAAAAUUAUUGGAAUAUUUGGCUGUGCAGUUCAAAUGUUUUUUUGUGUCCUUUGUGGGAGCAGUGAAUGUCUCCUGCUGGCUGUGAUGGCCUUCGAUCGGUACGUGGCCAUCUGUAACCCACUGAAUUAUUCAACCAUCAUGUCAGAAAAAUGGUGUUUCUGCCUGGUAGCUGUUUCAUAUGUUCUAAGCAUUUGUUAUUCAGUUUUAUAUAUUGUGUGUGUCUUUAGUUUACCCUUUUGUGGACCAAAUGUAGUUAAUCAUUUUUAUUGUGAUAUUCCUCCACUGCUAAAACUUUCAUGCUCUGAUACUCACAUUAAUCAGAUAGUGAUAUUUGUGCAAGUAAGUAUAAAUUGCAUAAGUACUACACUGAUCAUUCUGAUUUCAUAUGCCUGCAUUCUGUCUACCAUUCUGAAGAUCCGCUCCACUACGAGCAAAUCCAAAGCCUUUUCCACUUGUUCUUCUCAUCUGAUUGUUGUCAGCUUAUUCUACGGGACAAUCUUUUUUAUGUAUUUACGGCCCAGUUCUACAUAUGCACUAGAAGACAAAGUGGCAUCUUUGUUUUAUACAGUGGUGAUUCCUAUGUUGAACCCUCUCAUCUACAGUUUGAGGAACAAAGAUAUGAAGAAGGCAUUUCAGAAAAUUUUGGAAAAACUGCUGUAA